AAACGCCUCAUUCAUUUGCCCAAUCGUGGUAACACUUGCUGCUGUUCAAACGACAGAACGAGCUCAACCGCCAAUUGUAAUUUAUAAAAUCAUUUCAUUUCUUUUAAAUAGAGUCCCACUGACGGUGGCUGAUAGACGACAUCAGACUCCUGUUUUGGUUGUAUAAUACAAAAAUUCGUAACUAAGGUAAAAGUUAGCUUCAGCAUUGAAGACGUCUAUUAAUUUCCACUAUGGAUCAAAUGAAGCUCGUGGGCCACCAUCAUCUCAGCAAGCUCUUCCACAACAAGUUUAUAGUGGUUUUAGGAAGCUCUAUUCAGCGGUCCGUCUACAAAGACAUUGUCCUGCUUUUACAGCAGGAGAAAUACCUCAACAACUCACAACUCAAGAAAAAGGGCGAGAUGAGCUUUGAACAGGACUGCCUGGUGGAAGGUGGUUGCCUGAGCAAAUUGCACAAUGGCACAUCUUAUCGAGAGGUCCGGCAGUAUCAGUCCACACACCACCUGGUCCGGUUCUACUUUGUGACACGCAUCUUCUCAGACUACAUGAAGAGCAUCUUGAGAGACUUCCGCCAUGGUUUGAAACCAGAUUUGGUCGUAGUCAAUUCCUGUGUUUGGGACAUUUCAAGGCAUUGUUUAAAAUGGAAUGAGAACUACAAGGAGAACCUCAAUCAGUUCUUUGAAGAGCUGAAUGAGAUCCUGCCAAAAGAAAGCUUGGUAAUAUGGAACCUCACCAUGCCCCUGGCAGAGACGAUCAAAGGUGGCUUCCUGGUUCCUGAGAUUUCGAACAAAGCAUCCCAUCUACGCCACGAUGUGGUUGAAGCCAACUUUUACAGCAAAACCCUCGCCAACGCCUACAAAUUGGACGUGCUGGAUCUCCACUUCCACUUUCGCUUUUCCCUGCAUCAUCGCACUCGUGACGGUAUCCACUGGAAUGCCCUGGCUCACCGCCAGAUAACCACCCUGUUGACACAACAUGUCGCAGAUGCUUGGGGAGUGGAACUGCCACCUUUAAAAGCGAACAUUCCUGUUGCUAAUCAGCUGCCAGUCCAUCAUACUGUUCCCAGGCAUGAAGUGUGCCCCCCAAGAAACAAUUUCCAUCGUAAUCCUGCACCCUUCAUGAACUCCAAGUUUAACCCCAUGCCAUACUGGUACGAAAAUGGACCAUUCCAGCAAUCUCACUUUACUCGACACUCACUGCCAGACGUGUGCCCCCCAAGAAACAAUUUCCAUCGUAAUCCUGCACCCUUCAUGAACUCCAAGUUUAACCCCAUGCCAUACUGGUACGAAAAUGGACCAUUCCAGCAAUCUCACUUUACUCGACACUCACUGCCAGACGUGUGCCCCCCAAGAAAAAAUUACCAUCGUAAUCCUGCACCCUUCAUGAACUCCAAGUUUAACCCCAUGCCAUACUGGUACGAAAAUGGACCAUUCCAGCAAUCUCACUUUACUCGACACUCACUGCCAGACGAGUAUUCUCAUCGCCCCAUGCCUUCGAAUACACAUUUUGGAGAUGGGUACAAGCCCCGCCCUUACGUGAUGAAGAACAGACACAGCAGGCACUACUUUAUGCCAUACACUAGUCACAGGCCCGGUCAGCAGUACUCUGAUGAAUACUUUUACCAAGAUGUUUAUUUUUAGAUCAUCUGCACUAGAUUAGUUUUGAGUUGUCAUUCACAAUUUUCAACUUGUUGCCUGAAUUGUUUUUAAAUGCAGUUGUCAUUAUUGACUGAUAUAUUAUUGUAUUUUGAUUGUGUUACUGUGUUGAUAAUUAUAUUAAAGCUUCUGUCUGGAUUUUAUAACUAAAAUUGACUUAAAACUGAUUACUUUACAGUGAUGCUUCAACAUUUGGUUUCUUCUAUAAUAGGAAUUAAUACAUACAACAUUCAAGGGGAGCGUGUUUUUAAUUACUAUAUUUUUAUACAUACACACACACUUUGUUUCAGAAUUUCAAUUCAAAAAGUGAAACCCUUAUAUUUUAAUGAUUCAAUAGACAGUGAGGAUUUCCAAUCCAUUAAUUUUGAUGAUAUAGCAUACUAGUGGAAAAAAAAACUAACUCAGUAUCUUCAAACAUUUCCAAUUUAGUAAAAAUAUAAUUUACUAGUUUGCUUUCCAUUAGCAAAUUAACUGUAAAUCUAAAUUGUACUGCUGAAAUCCAAUAUCUUUCGCACCAUAUUGUUGUUGAUAUGUUCCUGUAUAUGUGACAAAUUAUCCCAUUUCCUUGUAUGUGACAUAGUGAAAAAUAUGUUUCUGUGACAAGUGAAAUCCAAAAUCAAAGAAUGUUGUGUAAAUACUAUAAAAUAUCAAAGGAGGAAUGGGAAUAAAAAGGAGUUUCAAGCUGCCUCAGGCCAUGAUGAGGCGGUGCACAUUUUGCAACUGCUGCUUUGACAGGACCAGGCGGUGGCUUUGUUCUUGUCCCCGAGUGCAAGGAAUGGCGAUGCGGCCCACAAACACUGUUCCGCUAUUCUUUUCUUCUUUGGCCUAAGAAAUAGUGCAUAAGAUGAAGAACAUGCCAGGUUUGUGGUGUAUGCAUGCUAGUGUACAGUGUGUCCCAUGUUUAGUUUAUCACUUUGUUACAAAGAACUAUGUACAUUAAAGUAACUGUUUACAA